GUAACAGCAAGUUCAGGAAACAGCUAGUUAGUCUAAGUUUGUCUUGAAAUUCAAAUAUGGUGUCUGUGCCAAUGUUUGCGAUUUACUUCUUGAUACUAGUCUGCUCAAACAUCUGUAACACGUCUGCUGAAGAAAAAGAAGUCAAAGUUCACAUUGGUGAUACGGCUCUACUUCGAUGUGAUGUUACCAGCGACACUGAUAGACAGGUAUUUUGGAUCAAGGAAGGGCCCCGAGGGCAAGAACUCAUCUCCAUAGGCUCGAUCUUAUUUACCCAAGCGGAAAAAUACGAUGUAACGGUGACCGGGAACCAGUUUGUCCUUGCCAUUAGUGACGCGGUAGACCCGGACGCGGGGACAUACAGAUGUCAGACAACCGAAGCACGGGCCAUCGCUUCUUUCAAAGUCGUCGUUGAAGCGAGGGAAAAAGUAAUCAGAAUACGCUCCGGUCGCACAGCUAAACUUCCAUGUCAUGUUACCGGCACUCUUGGCACUCAGACUAUUGUGUGGAAAAAGAAAGGGUCGCCAGCGCCUGUCACAGUCGGCUUGUUUACUUUUGACCAAGACCCCGAUAUGUAUGUAACGGUGACCGGAGGAAAGUGGACGCUGGUCAUUAGGAACGCAGAAGCCGAGAAUGCGGGAACGUACCAAUGUCAGAUUCGAGCCAGAGCUGGAGAUGUUCGAGUCUUGGCUUCAAUUAAACUCGUCGUGGAAGAGGAGGAAAAACGCAACACAAUCAUAGUGGCGGAGAGACAACAAGGAAGUUCGGCAACUUUGCGUUGCAAUCUGGAGACGCUGACCACCCCCUUGGAGCAAUCCAAGGUGACUUGGGUUAAGGUCAUGGUCAAGUCCAAUUUUCGCGUCAUCAUCGCCAGUGGCUCGAAAAUAUUUUUCACCGACGAUAAGUACGAUCUGUCGGUAAUCGAUGACAUGUCCACUCUUACCAUUAAUGACGCAGACCAGUCUGACGAGAGAACGUACUUGUGCCAAGUGAAAGACCCAAACCGGUGUAAUGUUUUUGAGUGUUUCUGUUUUUGAGUGUUUCCCCUCAUUGUUUGGGAACGCUCAAAAAUAGAUUGACAAGUUUUUCUGUGUAUCCCCCCUAUUGAAAAGUCGUGGUCUCUCUAGCUGCCUAUUGUUUGGAAACACUGACACAUGGGGAACAACCACAGAUGUUACACCGGCUUGAAAUCAAAGUUUUAGGCUCCUUUGAAGUAACUGUCGAAAGAUCGUAACUCUGAACGAGUAUAUAAAGUAUAGGCAUGAAAGCCAACGCAUGAAGCUGUAUGUUAGACACUUAUAUUGAGAAAAUAUAAAGGAGGACUAUAUAGGCAGGAGCUGUUACAACAGAUUAGGUGACUAUCACCCGAAUAAGUGACCCAACCGACGGUAGAAGAUGUGGCCACCCCCUUGGAAGAUGAGGUCACUUUAUCGGUUAAUUUUGUGUUGCUUAUUCGGUUGGUUGGUCACUGUAUCGGGCGUUGGUGUGGGAAAUGGUUGGGACUCAGAAUGUUUGAGCACAAUUUCUGAUGCAAGAUGAUCCCGAAUAUGUUGCGGUACAGCUGUCAGUGUCCAUGUAUAGAUAACAUGAAUAGAAACGGCUGUCAGAACUCAUCGCUUUAGCUACUCCGGAAAUAUGGACAUACAUGUAGCAAUCUAUAUUUUAAAAAUGAAAAGAAAA